CCUCACCGCAGAGUUAGAGAGACACACGCAGGGAGAAAGUCGGCAGCCACAGACGCGAAAGUGGUCGCCGAUGUGAUAAGAAGGCUCAGAGGCGCGGGACAGGAGGGUUUACAGGCAACAUCAGGUGACCAGAGCGACUAAAAGGCUCUAGAAAGAGAGAAAGGGGGGAGACAGAGGGAGUAAAAGGAGAGAGAGGGAGAGUGGAGAGAGUGAAAGUGAGAGAGAGAAGGAGGAAGCCAGCAGCGACCUCCUACCCAACAACCUCGGAAGCAAACCCAUAAAAUGAAUUCAGACUCCAGCCCGAGCAGCAGAGCCUCUUCCCCGGACAUGGACGGCAUGUUUCUGCGAGACCACCCGCACCACCAUCACCACCACCACCACGUCGGCUCCUCCGUGUCCUCCUCCACGCAGAGCGGCGAGCAGCAGCGCCAGAAGAUGACCGGCGGCGAGCACCUGCGCUCUGGAGACCCCAAGUCGGUGGGAAGCAGCAGCAGCAACAGCAGCAGCAGCAGCAGCAGCAACAAGUACAAGCUGAAGAAGCAGGUCACCGAGGAGGAAAUGUACCACCUGAGGCUGAAGAUCAACGGCCGGGAGAGGAAGCGCAUGCACGACCUCAACCUGGCCAUGGACGGCCUGCGAGAGGUGAUGCCGUACGCGCACGGGCCCUCGGUGAGGAAGUUGUCCAAGAUCGCCACGCUGCUUCUGGCCAGGAACUACAUCCUGAUGCUCACCAGCUCCUUGGACGAGAUGAAGCGGCUGGUGGGGGAGAUUUACGGCGGGCAGCACUCGGCUUUCCACUGCGGCACCGUCGCGCACGCACCUGGCGCCGGUGGACACUCCGGAGGUCCCGCAGCCGCAGCAGCUGCCGCCGCUGCCGCCGCCGCGGCCGCAGCACACCAGGUGCACCCUCUGCUCGGGAGCGCGCUGUCCUCCUCCACGUCCUCCACUCUGUCGAGCGCGCUGCCGGGGCUCACGUCCAUCAGGGCGCCGCACUCCCUGAUGAAGGGCUCCCCGGCUGCGCCCCCGGCCCUGCAGCUGGGCUCCGGCUUCCAGCACUGGGCCGGGCUGCCGUGUCCCUGCACCAUCUGCCAGGUGCCUCCUCCUCCGCACAUCCCCAUCACCUCCAGCAGCCUCACGAGACUCUCAGGGGAGGGGAAGGACGGGAUGAAAUGAUGCUGACACUCAGCAGAGACUCCGAGCCGCUUGUAAAUAGAGAAUUCAGGGCAUGAGGGUGAAUUUGGCCUCACUGGUGCAUGUUGUUGUUUAGUCUGUUUUCUUGUUUGGCGUAUGAGAAAAAACGUGUUAUUUUCCUCCUUGUAACAAGGACUAAUAUAAAGACUGAUGAUUUUGCCAGUUGAAGGUAAAAAAGAAAAAAAGUUGCGUCAUGCAGCAAGAUGCCAUGUUCCUCCUGUGUCUGACUGAGUUUCCGUCAAUAAGAGAAGUGAAGGAGGCUGCAUGAACAUUUUAACUCACUUUGCUUUUUUUAUUUUUUAUCAGGCGUCAUUUUGUGAAAACGAAGAAUGCUCUCUGUGCCUUGUACCAAGGAUCUUAAACUUGAGUUCUAUAUGAAAAUAAUGACAUUUCUGUGUUUGGCUAAAACAAUUUUGCCACCGUGGAAAUUUGUUUUAAAAUCUAAGUUUUUAGAUUUAUUCUAAUUGUGUGGCUCACAUGUGAUCUAAUUUCAUUUUUUUUGGUUUUAUUUUUUUAAACACGUUUGUCUCCUUUUUUGUUUGCAUGAAAGUGUAAUUAUCACAGCAUGUGACUGUUUUUGCUGAACUGAAUUUGUUAUGCCCAGAGACCCCGUGUCUUUAUUUUUGUACAUUGUUGAUGACUGAUGAAAUAUUUAUUAUCGCCCAGAGUCCCUGGAUGAAAUUUCAAUAAAACUGGAAUUAUGAAUCAUA